AUGUCCACCCAAGACCGCGAAUGUGACUCCGACUCGGACCUAAACGAGGAAUUCGAAGACGUCCCUGGCAUCCAACACCCAACCAACUCCAACUCAAACGGAACAUCAUCGCCCUUCUUUUCAAAUUCAAAUCAAAGCCCAGCCCAACCUACAAAGACCAAGUCAUGGACCCCAACCCUCACCCUCCCACCCCAAAACCCCACCCCAAUCCCAGGCUCAGAAGAAGAAACCCAACUCCGCGGCCGCGUAAGCACAGCCAUCGAACGCAUAACAUACCGACAAAUGAAAUCCGAAAUGGGCAUGGACGCACCAGACACCCACACCUCCCACCGUCGCUACGAAAAUUUCGCCGACUUCGCCGCCGACGUAAACGCAUUGAUCGACCUGCUUUGGGCCUCUGCAUCACCAUCAAUCCAAACAGAAAGUCUAAUCACACUGGCGGGAAUCACCGAAACAGCCCUGCCAACACACCCCUUCGACGGUCCCGCCGCACUAACCCUCUUGCAUAAAUUUGACGAGGUCUUCGUUGCGCUUUGCACGGGUGUUCAUCCGCUGACGGGGGAGCCGCUUCGUGAGGCAUUGGCGGGCCGGGUUCUGGUGACGCAGACGCAGAAGGUGCGGAUUCGGAGUUUGGCGGAGACGACGAGGUUUAAGGUUUUUUCUGUGCUGCCGGUGGAUGGUGAGGAGGAGGGUGGGGAGGAGGAAGAGGCUGGUGAACAGCCGUGGGUUUUGGAGGCGACUAGGGUUUAUGAUCGGACGUUGAUGUUGCUUGCGGAUGAUGAGUAG